GACUACAUCUCCCAUGACCAUUUGAUUGGCGCACGCGUGAUUCAUUUGCUGAUCAUGGCUACGGUGCUGUCCAGAGCGCUGAAGCUGCCAGGGAAGAAGUCCCAUGACCCAAGGGAGUAUGACCCUCUCACACAGGCUGAUAGUGAUGAAAGUGAGGAUGAUCUUGUCAUAAACAUACAACAAAAUGGAGUUCAGAAUGGAAAGAACACCCGUGGGUCCAAUCCUGACCAAGAUUCUGAUGGCGAAGAAGUCUCAAAGAGGGUUCAACAGCGACCUGUGCACAGUAAACAGGAUGGAUUGUCUACUUCAGGUGGACUGGAUACAGAGCUUAAAUCAACCUCCUCUGUGGUGGCGUACGUGCGGACCACAGUAUUUCUCCUCACGGUUGUCAUCUCGAUGAUCAUGGUGUUAGUUUGUGCAUUUCUCAUCCCCUGUCCCUUCAGAGAUCAACAGAAUAUUUGGACUGUUAGCGUGGGGCAAGAAACUGGUGUCCUUUCUCCCCUUGAGCUUUUUGAUGUAAACGGGGAUGGCUCUCCAGACAUUUUGUUAUCUUUCCUGUCUACCAAAAACAACACAUCUAAAGCUACAUCAAGACAUACGCUUGCAGUAGCAGCCCUUUCAGGCCUUAAUGGCAGCAUUAUGUGGAACGCUUCUGUGCCGGAGGACAUUUGCAGUAUACAGUGUGGGCAACUCAUACUAGGGCCACAGCACAACACCACUUGUCUUCUAACUGGAACCUCAAAGCUUCUUCGAGUGGUCAGUGCUACAUCAGGUGUAACCUUAUGGACCAUGAGUUCAAUCCAUGUUUUGAGUGGGACUAUUGCGGCACCAGCUGUAAUCUUGCCAGAUUUAGAUGACGAUGAUAUCAAUGAUUUGCUAGUGCUCACCAUAGGAGAGACACAGCCUGAUCUGGGAUUUCUCCUUGUGUCUGGACGCACUGGAAAACCAUUGGGUGUGAUGGUAAAGUAUGGCAUUAUGGGAGAAGGUAGACUUAUCGGCCCACAAGCCCACUACACUAGCCAAGGAGCCAUUUACAUCCUCUUUGGAUUUGGGAAUGUCCAAGCUGUCUCUUUAAGAGACAUUUAUGCACAGGCAUAUAACCGCGAUAAUUUCCCAAGCAUCUUACUGAAAAGUGAACCAGACUGGGAGAAACGAAGAACAGUUAAUUUCUCCAAGCUGAUAAAUGUUUACAGUGCUGGGGUGGAGUUCCUGCAAACCAUGCAUGUUUUGGGAAGUAACUGUAGUGACCUGCUUGUCACCACAAAAAAUGGUCUUUCCCUGCUACGAGGACACGAUCUGGAGCACAGAUGGGACCUCAACCUUAGCAACAUUAGUAGUCUGCCCCAGCCUGGCUAUUUUAACAAUGAUAGAAACCUGGAUUUUCUACUGCAGAGUCAGAGCAGUAAUUCAAAAAAGGUCGUUGUUAUUGAUGGCACCUCGGGUGAAUCGCUUUGGGAAUGGGAGGUUUCUUGGCAUCAUCAGGAAGCCGAAGCUGCAUCGGUUCUGACACCAGAAGGAAAGUCUGUCUUCCUUUUCUGGGGAGGGGAAGUGUCUACAUCUAAUAACUCUGUUCCACGUGUAGGAGUCAACCAACAGUGGAACAAGCACCUCUAUCUACUGCACCCAACCUAUCCAGGUGUUCUAUUGGACCUCUUCAACAUUAGCACAACCAUUGUAGCCUCUGCUGUUGGCAUUAAAGAGCUGGAAAAGGAUGCCUUCCUCACACUUCUGACAGCAGAUCAGGUGUUGGGCUCAUCAGACAGGCUGGUUCAAGAUCUUUUAGUCCACCAACUGAGCAUAAGGUGGGCUCUGUCUCACAGUCUAGCUCUGCCUGUAGGAAAUGCAAACAUGAGGCCUCAAGUAGAAGAUGUAAAGAAGAUUCUUACAAGGCUGAAGUUCAGCAACAUUCCACAAAUGCUAUAGUCAAACCGAACAAUGGAAACAAGUGCAGUAGCUGGCUCCCAAAGGAAGAUUUUUCAUUUAUUGGAACCAAGUUUGCUUUAUUUUCCAGCUUGUAAUAUAUGUAAUCAUAGGAUGACACAACUACAAACUCUUUUAUACACGGGAAAGACACCACUUUUCAUCUUUAUGAUUUAUUGUAUAUUGUUCACCACCAUUUCGGAUACUCAGAAAUAUGUUUUCUGUCAGUGCAUUGCUUAUUUUUAAUUUU